AUGAAACCAAGCAGGCCUGCAUCACCUCUAUUACCUCACGUCUCGGUAAGCGAGACAGCGUCACUCAAGAGAGACGAAGAGUUUUGGUUUGAGGACGGCAACCUCAUCCUGGUCGCUGGGGAUGUCGAGUUCCGGGUCUACCAGGGCCCGCUCAUCGCGCACUCUCCUGUCUUCAACGACAUGCUAUCCCUUCCACAGCCUGCUGAAGACUCAGGACGCCGGACGCGCCACGGAGAGUCAUCAUGCCCCAUCAUACCCCUCACAGACUCCCCCGAAGAUCUCAGACAUUUCUUGCGCGUGUUCGUCUGCAGCUCGUCCGGAAAGAUAAUACGGUCCGGCCAACACGACCCCACGUUCCACGAAGUCUCGGCCUGCGUCCGCCUCGGGCACAAGUACCAAGUCGACGGCCUCGUCCAGCGCUACGUCGACCUCCUCCGCAAGUACUACGCCGACAACUUCGACGCCUGGUACCGGUCCACCCUCGUCCGCCCGCCCUCCUUCCAGGCCGUGCACUCCAUCGCGGUCGUCAACCUCGCCCGCCUCACGAACACCCCGAGCAUGCUCCCCACCGCGCUCAUGGACUGCUGCACGCUCGGCCCUGAGAUCGUCGACGGGCUCGUCCGCGAGGACGGCACGCGCGAGACGCUCCCGCUGGACGACCUCGGCCGGUGCUUCGUCGGGCGCGCGAAGAUGGCGCAGGCGAGCGCGCGCAUCGCGCACCUCAUGUUCCGGCCGCCCGUCUCCGCGGCGUGCCGCCAGCCGGCGUGCUGCCAGCGCGUGCUGCAGCGGCUGCUGAACGAGCUCGGGAACGCGCGGGACGACGUUAUCUCGUGCGUGGACUGGUACGCGUCGUGGAUGGUGUACGUGGACGGGCGGGACGAGGACAGGGAGCUGUGCAUGCGGUGCUACAAGAUGCUCGAGGGGGAGCGGCCGAAGAAGCUGCAGAGGGAGGUGUGGAUGAUCUUGCCGGCGAUGAUGGGCGUCACGGUAGAUGGUUGGGGUGUGAAGGCGAAGGAGGCAUGA